AUGUGUAAACACUUGACCAGUUAUAAUAUUCUUGAAAUUUCGCGACUUUCGCGACAUUUGCAGGCUCCUAAUUCAACGAUCGAAGAUACAGCCUAUAGCGGAGGAUGCUUUCAGCGAUAUCACUGGUGUACAUAUACAACUCGAGUACCAUUUUACCUGUACAGUUUUGCAGCGACAGUUCUUUUCGGACUAGCAUUUCCAUUCUUGGCUUCACCUCUCGGUGCACUUUAUUCUGAAAUACUCGGACCGAGAAGUCAGAUGGCUACUAAUGAUAACAUUUCCGUUAUAAAAAUUACUUUAGUAUUAGGCGAAACCAGAAGAAAGCCAAUGCCAUCACAGGAAAGGAAUAACGAUGAAUUGCUCCAAGGAUAUGAUAAUAUGAAAUAUAGUCAGAACCGUGAAACAAUAAAAGCUACCAUCCAUAGCAUGGUUCAAAGUGCAGAUUUAAAACCGCAUGAACAGUCACCGCAACGCGAAUGUUCAGGAUCGUCUAAUGUGCAAAUCUCUGUUAAUAAAAGCUGGGAAAAAGUGUUACCUAUAGAAAAGCAAAAGUCAAUUGACCAGCCACUAUGCUUGCAGAAGACUAAGCCAAAAAAUGAAGCAGUGGAAUUGCAAAUGGAAGGAAAUAUGGGCUCAGAUAUUUUACGACGGAAGAGAUUAUCGCGACAAAGGAAUUCCGCUCUUUCCAAGAACAGAAGAAUGUUAGACUCUCUGUCUGUAUUGGAAGGUGACGAUGAAUGCUUAAAAUCUGCGGUUGAAGGUCAGGUAGUUGAAGGUCAGAGUCAUUUAGAUCAUUUUUGA